CACCACCGCGUGGCGGUGACGCUACCGUUGCCCGUGACGGCGAGAAUCAAGAGCAAUUUGGUUUUUCCCGUAAAACCGUGUCAGCUGUUAGCUUGAUUCAAUCGAAUCAUGAUGAAUAUGGACGACGAGAAAUUGAUUGCGUUUGUUUCGACAUACCCGGAAAUAUUUAAUAAGAAAAAUCGGUAUUACAGGGCAGUCGAACGUAAAAAAAGUUUGUGGGAGCUCAUCGGAAAGGAGCUAAAUACGAGUGGAGAAAUAUGUAUGAGAAGAUGGGUAGCUCUCCGUGACCGAUAUGGCAGGGAGCUGAGGAAAGCGGAAGCACCAUCGGGCAACGAGGCACAAUUUUAUAAAAAGUGGCAUCUGAUGGAGGCAAUGCAGUUCCUGAAGCCCCAUAUUAUUACACGACCAGUUCGAUAUUCGCAAAAUAUUUUCGCAAGUGCUGUGUCGCCAUUACCUGCUGUCGGGGCACCGCUACCUUCGACAUCGCCUACUCUCACACUGCCGUCGUCAUCUCCCAUCAAAUUGCCUUCACCAUCACCUCCUCUUAUGCUAUCGACAUCAUCCCUCGUAUCGUUGUCUGCACCAUCGCUUACCAGCGCAGUCUCGCAGCCCUUGCCACUUGGUCCGAUCGCGGUGUCCCUACCUUCGCCAUCGCCUCCUAGUGAAAUCUCACCAACUUCAAUAUCACCACCUAUCACAGCUUCGUUGCCCUCGCCAUCGCCAUCGUCAUCGCUAGUAGCCUCACCAGCGCCCACACAAACACUGCGCUCCAGGGGUGGAAAACGGCGCGCAAACAAUUUCGAUGUGGAGAAAAGCAUGCUGGAAGCAGUGGAAUUGUUUAAAAAGAGAUGCUUAGCUAGGGAAGAGCAAAAUAAAAACUCUGCUUUGCAUGGCUUUGGCAUUACGAUAGUUUCUAUACUAUCGAAGAUGAGUGAAGCAAAGCAGUUGCGAACUAUGCAACGCAUUCUAGAAGUAGCGUUUGAAAUGCAACAGGAGCCAGAAUAAUAAUUGCUUUUAAUUUUAAUGUCCCUUUUAGCGUGUAAAAUAAGUGUAAAUGGUUGGGCUUUAUACCGUACCAUGUGAAUAUUAUUUCAUUGUAAGUUGAUCCUUAAACUGUAGUGGUUUUAAGCAACAAAAAUUCAGAUAAAGUCAUAAAACCCAAUCAUUUACGCUUAUUUUAUUGUGCAAUCUACCAUUUAUAUUCCCUUACUUUCAUAAAGCAAGGCAAACACCACUCAUCUUGGCAUUCAACUGAUUAAAUUCUUCAAUUGCGUGCGAUUCACAUGUUGAAUGCCAAGUUGAAUGUUGUAAAUCUAACAUAAUACAUACUUAUUUUAAUUAACAUGUAAACUUUCUGUUUUGAAAUAACAGUAACUGAAGUGUUCCUAGUUUUAAAUGUAAAUUUAAAUAAUACCAAAAUAUUACAUAUUUAUAUACAAAAACUUUUAAAAUUAAUAAUGCGUCGUCUGGUUGUUUUAGUAUCGUAUAAAUACAUACAUAUGUAAAUAUACCCUGCAGAAAAUCUGACUAGCUUAGAACUAGACCUUUUGCCGACAGU